AAUUUUUAGACUGCUAUCGUGAAAGUCCCAAGUGAAUAUCCACAAUGAACUCAAUGUCACUUUCCAAUGGUCACAUAUCCAAGAUACAAUUUGUUACAAUAUUUUUGCUUACAUGCUCGUUAUAUUUAUUUUUUGUACACAUACGGGUAGACAGAUUUACAGAAUCUAAAAAUGUAACAAAUCGUGAUAAGUAUAAGACGAAUAUAUCGUCGGUAACAACAGGGACCAGUGAAUCUAUGCUAUCUCUAUGCGGGUUUUACGGCCCAAACAACCAAGUACUAUCUCACCUACACGGCUUACGACUAGCACAGGCUUGUGGCGUACGGUAUGCCGAUACCAUUAUACGACCGCACCGCGGGGUCGACCCUCAGCCUGUAUAUUUGUCAGAUUUCCUGAGCUCACCGAUUAUGACUCAGAAUGAGACGGAUCUCGAUUGGAAGUAUAUGAGCGGUUGCGUCAUUGAUGGCCCGAAUGUAAUAAAAUCCUGGAAGUGGGCACCGGCACGUGGUGCCAAAGUAUUGUUCAAAGACACACAGUUCUUCCGUAUCGCGGAUGAUGAUUUGGAGUUCAGCUUCAAAAGGCGAACGCUCUGUGACAUUGUACGCAAGUGCAAUAGAACCUACCUCAGGCUUCAUUUUAGAGACAGACAUCCGUUUAAUAUGACACUUCCAAGCGUUGAAACAACCUUCACCGAUACUGUAACUAACCUGUCGCUCAGGAUUACGGACCUUUUAAAUAUGGGGAAUGAUUAUUUGUGCAUGAUGAUACGACAACGGGAUGAAAUGUUUCAUAUGCCCAAUCCAUUUGCUAAACUCCCACUGUUUAACAAGCUUGGUUGCCGAAAUAAUGUAGAUUGUAUUAAAAUUGCAUCCGAUCUUCAUCGACAGCAUGUGAAUACAACCUUGCCAGUUUUGCUGGUGUCAAAAACAGCACCUAAUAGUACAGAAUGCAGUGACCUUCGUUUAUCAAAUAUAUUCUGCUGGCCGACUGAAUUUUCGAAUAGUACAAUGUAUGCCCAACUUCAUGUUUGUAACGGUGCAAAAUCAAUCGGAUAUACCGAUAACAUGAGCGUACAGGUAGGAAUGGGAGCGGGUGCCAGUACUUUAUAUGAAAUGCUAGUGGAUUUAGGGAGGAAUACCAAACACGACUAUUCAUUUUCUCAGAUGAUAGCGGAUCGUCUACAGCAUUUGAAGCUUAGUUCAUAACCGAAUUUUAUAAAUUAAAGCUAAUACUAGUUUUAAAACUAAUACACAAGUGCGAGCGAAGCGAGCCAAUUCAAAUUGUCUUUUUUUAUAAAAAUAUGCAAUAAAUACAUUAGUAGGCCAUAGGUCUAUUAUUUUUACC